UACUCCAAGUACUAUGUUGUACAUAGGAGGGGAAACAAGACCACGAAAUAACCCUCAUACGCUUGGUGUGUAUACGUUAGAAGUGGAUAAUUUAAAUCAAACUCAGCUUCAAAAUGGCAGGCCAUCGUAUCGACAUGAAUCUGGAGAGUUCUACCUUUACAAUUUGCCGAUUAAAAGUAGCGAUUCGAUUUGGGUGAUAGGCAAAACCAUAGGAGACACAUCGGGAAUAUUUGUGAAAAUCGAACAAAAUGUGGAGUUACCAGAAUUGAUAACAGAGCCUCUGUACACUACUAAUGGAUCAGUAUGGAUAGAAAUGGACGGAAUAUCAAUAGUACCAUUCACAGAAGGAAAAAACACGUGUAGGCAUCUAAAACUAUCCGGUAUGACAGAUUCAUCGUUUAACGGCAUAUAUGAGAAUAGAAAUAUUACUAUUGGACACAGGCCUACAUACAGCCACGCGGUCUUGUCAGGGAUUCAUCUGUACUACAAAACGACUAAGUUCUUCUGGGUGAUCGUCGAUGAUUUUGAUGAUGAUGCCUAUUUUGCACACUCCCUUAAAUUCCAUUCGAGACUCGAUCCAAUCUCAACAAGCCCUUGGAGCGCGUGGCUGUCUUCAUGGGAGAAGCAAUUUUUCGUUGGGUUGUCUUGCUCAGAAGGGAGUAUGUGUGGACGUAUUCUGCUAUCUGGUAUGGAGGAUCCUUCAAUGAAUGGUGUGUUCGAAAAUAAUAACAAGAUCAUUGCGAAUAUGCCUAGUUAUACGAAACAGAGUACUACAACGUACAACAUAUACUUUGUAAUGUCAACUGUAAGUUCAGGAAGAUGGGUGAUUGAUGAUGAUUUUGUUUCUACCUAUUAUCCUGCUCGUUCAAAUCUCAUCUACAUUGGAACUGGAGUUAAAAACAACCCGACGUCUGCAUCAAGCUGGGAAAAACUGGGAGAUAGCAAACUGGUAGAGCAGCCAUUUUCAAAAUGGAGCUGUGUUGAUGGUAUUGAUGAUUGCAAAGAUUCCCCUUGUAAAAAUUAUGGAUCUUGUAUAGAUGGAGUUGACAGUUAUAGUUGUAACUGCGUCGCUGGCUACACUGGUCGUCGGUGUGAGACAGACAUAGAUGAAUGCCUGAGCUCACCCUGUCCAACAAAUGGAAUAUGUAAAGAUGGUUUGAACGGCUAUACAUGUACAUGCAGAGAUGGUUUUACUGGACUUGAUUGUGAGACUGAUAUUGAUGAAUGUCAAAGUGACCCAUGUUUAAAUGGAGGAAGUUGCCUGGAUAGAGAGAAUGGAUAUAUAUGCGCUUGUGUUCCUGGAUAUACUGGCACUAAAUGUGAGACAGAUAUAGACGAAUGUGCAGCCCAUCCUUGUCUAAAUAGAGCAGUGUGUAUUGAUGCUGUAAACAAAUACUCAUGUGUAUGUAACUCCUCACUAUAUACUGGUUCUCGUGAACCCUGUGCUGUUGGGUUCAGUGGAAAAAACUGUGAUAAACGUGGAUAUGUGUACACGGGGUUAAUGAAAAUAAAUGGGCUCUUUGACAAUAGCUUGGCAGACACAUCCUCAAAGGCGUAUCUCGACUAUUUGGAUAGGAUCAUUUGUUCGGUCGGACAGGGAUAUGAGCAAGGAGGCCUCGGUGGUAAAUACAUUCCGUCUAUCAGUGUGAGAUCAAUAAGUGAUGGAUCCAUUGUGGUUGAAUAUGAUGUUUCCCUCUCACCAUUGUCAGAUGAGGCUGGUGAUCCGCCAUCCCCAGAUGCUGUUCUGUCAUCUUUUAAUGUUGAUGCCGCAAACCAAUAUGGAGAGAUCAAUCUUACAGAUUCCGUUAGAACUCUGAAAGAUAUGGAUGAGUGUUCAAUCUCAUCCUAUAAUGACUGUCACGUGAAUGCCACAUGUUCGAACACAAAUGGCUCAUACACUUGCAAGUGUGACGAUGGUUUGAGAGACGGCAAUCCUGAACGUAAAGGAAGGAUGUGUCAAGCGAUUCCAGUUGCAAGCUUUGGCCAACCACAAUAUCAGCAUUGGAAGGAUAUUACACUGAUCGUGAUUGGUGCAGCUUUGGUAAUAGCCAUACUUAUAUAGUCGUUAUGUUGCUAUUUCUGUACAAAGAACAAAGACAAACAAUAGCAACGACAAACAACGAGAACAAAGUUGAGGUGUGGUAACGACACGACAUGAUGGAUAUGGUUGAUACUAAGGGACAUGAUAAGGAAGAAAUGGAUAUAGAAGCGUUGAUGGCUUAGAAUUUACAAUUUUCCACUAGUGUUUUAGCGCGUUACCCCUUCCACCACUGCUUUUUAAUUUUUCUUGCAUCAAUAUGUUGCGUUUUGACACACAGUUGAUCC